AUGCCCCUCAAGAGACAUAGAUAUACAUAUGAGAAUACAGGAGGAACCGGCCACAUCGGCGGCUCGGUUCUGCACACCAUCUACACAGCUCAUCCAGAGUGGUCCAUCACUGUCCUACUCAGACGCGUCCCAGAGACCUUCACAAAGUGCUACCCAAACGUCGCCAUCAUCCAGGGCGACUUCGACUCCUCAUCUCUCCUGUCCACCAACGCAGAAGCAGCCGACAUCGUCAUCCACUGCGGCGACUCAGACCACGAGAACAGCCUGAACGCAUUACUAUCCGGACUCCUUAAUCCGUCGCACACCAGGCUACCUCCUGCAUCUCAGCGGUACAUCAACAUCGCAAUCAUGUGCCCGCCCGACAUCUACGGCCGCAGUAAAAGUCUAGCAAAAGUCCAGUCCGCGCUGAUACCCAUGUUCGUCAAACACUUGCGCACCGCCAACAACGGCCGAGCGUUUUACUUCAAAGACGGAUCGAAUACGCGGAGUUGGGUGCACAUUGACGAUCUGAUGCGUCUGUAUCUGCGUGUUGUCGAAGCAGCGGCAUCGCCCAUGCGAUAUCCCGCAGAAGAGUAUUUCAACAGGAAUGGAUAUUACUUCGCGGCGACGCAGGAGUACUCGCAGAUCGAGUUGGCAACAGCCACGGCGGAUGUUUUGUAUAGGAAUGGUAUUGUUAGGGAUCUUGAGUUGGAGCAGAUUGGCUUGGACAAGCUCGAUUCCAUGGCUAACUUGCCUGGCUUUCCGAAAUUGGCCAGGUACUUGUUUGCUAGUAAUUCUCGGACGAGGCCGGAGAGAGCGGAGAAGACGUUCGGGUAUAAAGGGGAGGCCCCAGGAUUGAUGGAGGUGCUGGAGCAAGAUGUCCUCGACGCUGUGGGGGCUACAUAGAGUAAGGCUGACCCAACCAUCGACGUGCAAGCGACACGCGCCUCUCUGACACACAAGGAUCGUUAGUGCAUCACUCACACUGAAGUAAUACACGGGGAUACCUUUUUAUCCAAAAA